AUGGCAACCCAUUGUGCCACCAGAGAAAGCGAUAUGGACAUCUGUAUCUGUGCUUCUUAUUCUGGUCCUUAUCAAUCAUCUCCUGCCUUCAUCCUCCAAGCUAUCUAUGAAGACCUCCAACACAACCACCAUGCAAAGGAGUACUUUGGAUUGGAAGGAGUCUCGGAUCUCGUCUUCAUUUCGACGGCAAAAGUCCCAAUUCUGAAAUUCAAGAUGAAUGGAGUCGAAGUGGACAUGAGUGUCAGUUUCGACAUCAUCUCCCCACCUAAAAGUGUCCUGGCCGCCCGUCUCAUCAAUGCAUAUUGCCAGUUGGAUGAGCGAUUCACAAUUUUGGUCAUCUUCCUCAAGUCGUGGAUGAAAUCGGAGCUGAGCAACACGGACUUUAUGCGAGACUUUCCCAACUCGUACUCCCUCAUACUGAUGCUCAUUCACGUGUUGCAAUGGCAUGGAAUCAUGCCGAAUCUUCACGAGACACACCCACAUCUAUUCGACUUUGAAUGGAAGGAGGAAUCAAUGUACCCUUUGGAAUGGACUGAUGUUAUCGCCCACCAACAACGGAGUACCAAUACCCUAAGUGUUGCCCAAUUGCUGCACAUCUUCUCAACUCAAUACUCGAACAAUAUCAUCAUCAAUUGCUGCAAAUUGGAUAUGGGUUCGGGAAUGUUGGAGACAAGAGGAGAAAGAGACAAUGCUCCAAUCUUUAUUCAAGACGUUUUUGACACCAGGAAUCCAGCGAGAAGUGUCCGUGGGAACGAGAUGGUUCAAGCACUUCAAUGUGUCUCCAAACUGUUCUCCAAUCCAAAGAAUCUCUUGUUUCAAAGAAUUUGGAGAGUCACUCGAAUGAAGACAUAUCUCCUCCCCAGGUAA